GAAAUUCCUUCUGUGUGUGGUACGCGAGCUGCAGGUCCGCUUGUCUUGGAGUUUUGUUCGCACCGCGACGUCUAAUGCUCCGUUAGUUCGGUUCCAUAUCGGAGGUUCGCUAGCGGACGUCCCGCAGCUGCAGGAACUCGUUCAUGGAGGGACCGUGAGCUUUUAUCGGACAGGCGUGGACCGGAAGAACAGGAGUUUCACUUUUCUUCCGGUGAUAGGCCGGCAGCGUGAUGCGUCCUGAUGGAAGAGGAGGAGGAGCACAGUCGUUAUGUUGCACAACUAAAAGCUGAGUUUGACAGCUGUGACACGACGGCCACCGGAUUUCUGGACCGGGACGAGCUGACGGUGCUCUGCAGAAAACUGCAGCUGGAUGCACAUCUGGCUCUGCUGCUUGACACACUUCUGGGACCACAGACAUAUGGCAGGGUGAACUUUGAGGAGUUUAAGGAAGGCUUCAUCUCCGUUCUGUCUCGCUCUCUGGAUUUCAGCACCUCAGAGGACAACAGCAGCUACCUGGAGCCAGCUAUUCCAGAGGAGGUGAAACCAAAGUUUAUAAAGGGGACGAAGUGUUAUGGUCGCCGCUCUCAUCCUGACGGUAAACCUGACGGAGUUCUGACCCGUGACCAGGAUGAUUCUCCUCUGUCCAGAACAGAAACUGCUGACCCCUCACCGCCCAGCGUCCGUCGGGCCAAGCUGAGGCGGGCCACAUCUCUGGAGAGUGUGGAGAGCCUGAAGUUUGAUGAAGAGGCAGGAAGUCACCGAAAGCCCUUUCAGAAUAAAGGAUGUCCACAGGAGCAGGAGGAGGAGGUAGGAGGAGGUGGUCCUGUCCUGACAGCAUUGUGUGAUCACCUGGGUCUGCAGGAUGUGGAUGUUCUGCUCAGGACGGUGGCCCCAGACCUGGACCAGGCAGGUGUCCUCAGUGAGGUCCAAAAGGUUCUCUGUAGCUAUGCCCCCAAAUCAAACUCCACCCCCAUACGAUCAGCUAACCUGCAGAGGACGCCACUUAGGUCCUCCAUGCAGGCCCAGGAGGUUCUGGAGGAGCCAUUGGCCCGCUCUGCUUCCCCCUCCCUGCUGAUGGCCACCGUGGGUCAGAGAGUUCUCAGCCGGCUGGACGACGGGUCAGGGUGCACCAGCCCAGAGCAGGUUGUGGCGCUGUGGACCGAGGAGGGCAUCCAUAACAGCCGAGAGAUCUUGCAGACUCUAGACUUCACCCUGGAGGAGCGUCUCAGUCUGUCAGAUCUCACGUUGGCGCUGGACAAUGAGCUGCUGGUCAGUGGUAACGGGAUCCACCAGGUGGCGCUGAUCUCCUACAAGAACGAGAUCCAGCACCUGCUGGAGAUGUCUGAGCGAGCCUGCCGGGAGCGGGACAAGCUGAAGACAGACCUGGACCUGGCAGACCAGAGGAACCUGCAGCUGAUCCGAGAGGUGGACGACCACCACACCAACAUGGAGACGAUGAACGAGAGCAGGAUCAGGGACAUGGAGCAGGACUUCCGUGAGCGUCUGAUGUCUCUGCGCUGUCAGUCUGUGGAGGAGAGUGAGGUCCUGCUGCAACAGGUGGAGCUGGAACGCCACAUAUUGAUGGAGGACCUACAGCUGCUCAGGGUGAAGGACACGGAGCUACAGGAGGAGCUGAGCAACAUCACACAGGAGAAGGUCCGUCUGGAGGAGGAGCUGGAUGCUGUGAAUGUGAAGCUGAGGGAUGCUGAGAGUUCAGUCAUCCGUCUGCUGGGAGACCUGAAGCAGCUGCUGCAGGACAAGUUUGGCAGUUUGGACCCGACCGCCACCUACCUGAGCCACGAGCAGAAGUUCUCUACGAUCAUCAAAGAGUACGAGUUGCAAUGCAGGGAGCUCCAGGACAGAAAUGAUGAGCUGAGCUCUGAGCUGGAUCUGCUGAAGAUCCAGAGGAGCAGCAGGAGGUCUGAAAGGUCUGCAGGAAAUGAUGUCAGCGCCUCAGAACUGAGCUGGAGUCUGCAGCACAUCGAGUCAGAAUCAGACGAUUCAGAUAUGAAGCAAAGUUCGUCUCCAGCGGUGAGGAAAAGACUGCAGCCUGUCAAUAAAAUCGCUCUGUCCUCAUUGGACGAUAUCUCCGUUCCCGCGGUCAGCAUCCAGACUGAGCUGGCUGUGGAGCAGCUGAAGGAGAAACACCAGCAGGAGGUGCAGCAGCUCAACAUCCAGCUGGAGACUCAGAUCAAUUAUUAUGAAAGGCAGCUGGACAUGAUGAAGCAAAGCAUGGAGGUGGAGAGGAAGGACAUCUCUCAGGCCUUCAAGCUGGAGAUCAGCGAGCUGGAGGAGCAGAAGAGUCGUGCAGAGCAGCAGGUGAAGCAGCUGAAGGGGACCGUGGACAAACUGCAGACUCAGAUUCAACAGGGAGCUGGAGGAGGGGCGAGGAGCAUGGAGCAGGAGCGCAAGAUGCACCGGGAGCGGGCCGAGCUGGAGCAGAACUUUGCCAGAGAGAUCAGCAAUCUGGUUCAGAGGCUGAGUGAUGAGAAGGAGCAGCUGGAGGCCGAGCUGAAGCUGAAGAUGGACCAAGAAGUGAUGCGUGUCAGGGAGGAGUCACGCCUGCUCCACGCUCAGGUGCAGCAGCAGCAGCACACCCAUGCUCAACACCUCCUCCAUCAGCUCCAGGAGCAGCUCAGGCUGAGCAGAGAGGAGAAGAAGAGGGUGGAGGAGGAGCUACACCAGCUGAAGGAGCAGGUCUGUGGUUUACAGGAGCUCUUACGUAGAUGUAGUCAGUCAGAGGCCACUUUGGAGGAGGACCUGAGGGCUUCUCAGAGGAGGAGCUUGGAACUGGAGGAGAACAACACCUACCUGGAGUCUCCGGAGGUUCUGAACAAACGUCUGUUCUCUGAGAGGAUCAGCAUGGAAGAGGAGCUGCAGGAUGGCAUGAGGCGGGAGGAGGAGCUUCAGGCUCAAGUGGACCAGCUGAAGAUGGAGCCAGGUGACCUCAGCGCCUCCCUCAGGUCAGAGCUGGAGAAGCUGCAGGAGGUGCUGAAGAGACUCACAGCUGAAGUGAAGUCUUUAAAGGCUGAUCGAGCCCGACUGAUCCAGGACCUGAAGGACCAAGCCAUGGCUGUGGACGGCCUGCAGCUGCAGCUGACCUCCGUCUCCAAGGAGGUGGACAGGAGGAGGAGCAGUGAAGCCACUUUGCAGGAAGAUCUGAAGCAGGAGCAGAACCGGAUCUCACAACUCUGGUCCAGCCUGACAGAGGAGAGGGAGGUGGUGACCCGUCUGAGUCAGGAGAACAGCACCUACACAUGCCUGCUGGACCAGCUCUCCACCCAGAUCAUGGAGAUGGAGGAGGAGAUCUCCUCUCUCCAUGAGCAGCUCAAAGGCCUGAGCUCGCAGCUCAAUGACACCGCCGACCUGGUUCUGGACCUCCGCAGGCAGCUGAACUCCAAAACGUCUGAACUGGACUGGCUAAGGGCCGACAUUGCAGGCAGAGCCUCCUUUGAGACGCAGAACACAGAGCUGGACCGGGUCAGGGAGCAGGUCCUCCUCCUGCAGCAGGCUCUGCAGGACUCUCAGAACCAGCUGAGGACCACCGAGAAGAUCUUUGACAGGGAGAAAAGGAAGAUGGCUCAGCAGCUGAUGGAGCUGGAGAGGCUGGUUCUGGAUCUGGAAGACGUGACGGAGCCUGAUGCUCCUCAUAGGACUCAGCUGGAAGAGGUCCGAUUAGAGAACGGAGCUUUGCAGGAGAGGCUGAGGGUUCUGCAGCAGGAAGUCCAGAACUUGGAUGGUGAAGUUGCCAAGAAAAGAAGGAGACUGGAGGAGAUGGAGAGAGAGCAUGAGAGGAGCAGGAAGGAGGAGGAGAGGCUUCAAAAGGAGAACUUUAAAUAUCGUGAGGAGGUUCUGGAUCUCAGCAGCAGGAACCUGCAGCUCAGCAGUGAUAACGGUGAUCUGAGCGCACGUCUCUGCGAAGAGCAAGAAUCGGUCCAGAUGCUGCAGAAGCACCUGGCUACGGUUUCCAAGGAGCAGCCGGAGGAGGGAACUACUUUUCAGGUGCAGCGGUUGAUGGAGGAGAAACUGCAGCAGCAAUCAGUGUGGCUACAGCAGCAGGAGGCGAGGCUAAAGGAGCAGCAGCUGCUGGAGAAAGAGCUGAUCUCCUGCAAGGAGAAGCUGAGUUGUCAAUCACAGCUGGAGGCAGAGCUUCGCAGUGUAAUGGGGAAGCUGCUGAAGGUGGAGGAAGAGAAGGACCUUCUACAAAGAGAUGCCAAGGAGCAAAACCAUCAGGUGAACUCCCUGCAGGAGGAGGUGGAGCGUCUUCAGUCUGAGCUCCUCGUCAUCACUCAGGAGAAAGUAAGCCAUGCCCAGGAGGUGUUAGAGCUGUACAGCAAGCUCAGUGAGGCUGAAAAUCAGGUGGUGCAGCUGGAGGCAAAUUUCCAGAAGCUGCUGAAGAAGGAGGAGCUCCACCAGGAGCUGCAGGAGACCCAGGAGCAGGCCUCCAUCACUCUGCAGGAGCAGAUCCACAGGAUGAAAGUCCAGAACCAGGAGCUCCAACAUCAGGUGUCUAAACUGCAGGUCCAGGAGGUUCAAGUCCAGAAACUGACCCAGGAGCAGCAGACCCUGAAGUCUAGACUGAUGGAUGUUGAGGCAGCCCUAACCCAGGCCCAAGACCAGGCUGUGCGAGCGGACACUGCUCUCAGUGUUGCGAAGGCCCAGCACCUGCGACAGGUGCAGCAGCUGCAGCAGCAGGCAGGCUGCGGGGAGCAGGUCGAGGUUCUUCAGGCCCAACUGGAGGCAGAGAUGAAGAGGAGUCAGCAGCUGGAGGAGGUGGCAAAGCUGCAGGUCCAGCAGAGCGGCUCUCAAAUCAUCAUGAAGCAGAAGCAGUUUGACAAGGCCACGGUAGCGCUGCAGCAGCGGGUUGAGGAGCUGGAGGCCCAGCUGAAGGCACUCCGCCUGGUUCUGCAGGAGAAGAUCAACCAGCUCAAAGAGCAGCUGGUGAAGAACAACAGGACGAGUGAGAUGAUGAAGGAUCUGUAUGUGGAGAACUCCCAAUUGAUGAAGGCCCUGCAGGUCACUGAGCUGCGCCAGAAAGAGGCAGAGAAGAAGAACCUACUGUUUGAGGAGAAGGUUCGAGUGCUCAACCAGCUUCUACGUGAGGCCGUUGCCACAGUGCUCGCUACCUGACCUCUCCGCACCUGGUCUGGGCCAGUCCGCAGUGAGAAGCUGUAGAGAUCCCAUCACUGAUCCCUCUGACUUCCUGUCGGAAUCCAGUUUCCAUCCUUUAACCGUGAUGAUGUCACAAACCUCCUUAAUAAACGAGCUGAAUCAUCAGA